UGUCGGGACAUGAAGACAUGGACAUGAAAACGGCCGUGUCAUGUCCAUGUUCGUGUCCUCAUGUCAUGACACGGCUCCAAGACAUGAGACAUGAGACACCAGGCUCACAGCCGCACAUGUUUAAGGUCUACCUUUUGUAGCCGUCACGCAAAUAUGUGUUUUUUUGCUUUCAAGAUUAUCUUUUUGGUAAUGUUCGAAGUAUAAAGAAAAGUAUUUUUUCUUCAUCGUGAUACUCUUCAAAGAUUUUGCUUUUGAAUAUCAUUGGCGCACUGGACUUUUGCAAUGAGUAACGCAUAUCUUUACUGAAGAUUCAUUUACUGCCGCUACAAUUGUUGAUAAAAGAUCAAAAACAGUGGCAGCACGACGAAAUGCCGUGUGUGCUGCCAGCUGCGUGCGAGGUGUCACGAACAAGUUAGAAACAAGUAACCAGCUGAUGACGAGUUGUAUUAGUUAUUGUUGCAUUGCAUCGGAACAAGUCGAAACACGUUUUUGCCGUCUCAGCCGGCAUGAUAUUUUUUUGCUUCCGCCAAGUUAUUGAUGCUACUGGGAAAACCACAACAAAAACAGCAGGCAAGCGAGGUUAUCUUCUUUCGUUCAAUUUGUCAAAAAGAAUCGUUUUGCUUUUUGUACAUCAUAUUUAUUUACUGUUGAACAAAGUAAUUUACUCCACGUUCGCUUCAACAUCAAAAGCAAUGUCCCUGAUCGACCGUAGUCCACCGCGGUCCCGGCUCGCCUACGGCGAGGAACUCCGAUAUCAACAGUAGAUUUGUUUUCGUACACAGCAUGCAAUUUGCGCUUCCGCACAACAAAACGAUGUUUCUGCAAGCCUACUGAGCAUGACACUUGACUGCAUGACUUGAGUUUCUGAACAUUAGUGUGAUGCAUUUUGUACGUGUGCACGUGCAGUAAAUCUGUAUUGCAUAUCCGACAGCAGAUCCGGGAGCGGGAGCAGAAGCGGUUACAAGACAAAAAAGACCGAUUGGAGGAAGAGCAGGCGAAUCUGCGACUGAGUACGGAGUUCAACCAAAAUUUUUUUCCACGCGGAGGUGCUGGUGGCACUAAAGCAAGUUGGGAGCAGAACGCAUCUUCAACGUUACCCCGAAAUAUGAAGGCGGACCAGGAUACUUCGAACGUGGCCACCAACAGCAAAAUGAAAACCGGGCCGGGCUGCCCGAAGGGUGGAACCGUUCUUGAUGUAGGUACGUCGGGGCAACAAGGUAAACAUUAUCAACCAGGGCACAAGAGAACGGGUGAUCUUGUUGAAAAUAAGAGCGACGAAAUAAAGAGCAACGACCUUUCAUCAGGCAGCUCCAAACCGGCCGCGUGGAGCAUUCCGUUUCCGAACACGUCCAGCGAGAAAACUACCUCCAAAGCGACCUACUUCAACAAACACGCGGAGAAGCGGCGACUUCAGGAGGAGCAGCGCAAGCGCAACCAGGAGCUGGCGCAGGAAAAGUGGCGCGAGGCCCGGGAGGAGGAGGAACUGCGGAAAAGAUCCCGGAUCCGCCGGCCGACAGCGCCGCAGCAGCAACAAGGUGGGUUGGGCAAGAUGGGUGCUGCUGGACCAGCUGUUAAGCCCUCGGACACCACAAACUUGUCCUCAACUUCAGUCUCUUCCGCAAGUUGCAACGAGCUAGUCUCAUCACCGAUGAACCGCGGGUUGGUACAACAGGACGAUCCCGCACUCGCAAUAUCUUCUCCGAAGAGUGGCGUGGUCACCACGCCACUCUCUUUUGGAGUAGGAGAAGCAAAAACACCGAGCAGGACUGAUACCAAUUUCAAUUUUCGGCGAGCUGCAAGCAGUACGGGGACGAGUCAGUGUCAGCUUCGCGUCGUGCCGACGCCACAGGAGUUCGAGAACAGACCAGGACAAGAAAACCACGAAGACUGCAAGAACGUGAUUCUAUCGGUCGUGCCGAGGAAGGGGCGGCAGCUAGAAGGACAACAAUCGCCGCAAGAUCACGAGGGCGGGGUAAAACUAAAAGCGGCUCACGAAGAUCACUAUGCAGAAACCCCCUCUGCUGUUGUUCGUGUGUACGACCGCCAUGAUCUGCACCCGCACGCGGGAGCAGUAGAAAGGGACUUUUCAUCUUCGCAUUCAGGUACGGGAGCUUCGCAAGAACAAUCCCAGACCUUCCAGCAGGGAACUACAUCCACCGGCAGUAAAAUGAAUCCGAUUCUCGCUACAGGAACAGUCGCAAAGGUUGAUGACAUGAAAGCGCCAGUCGUGUUGCGUGUGGUGAACUCCAGAACGUCACUGUUGGAUCUGGAAGAGGACGAAGAGCUUGGUGCUGGAAGUGCGAUCGUAAAUAAUAUGCAAAAGCAAAAGAACAACUCUUCGUCGGCCAUUUUGAUGUCUAGGUCCUCUCUAGGAUGCAGUAGCAAUAGGGACGAGACGCAGCAGGAGUACGAGAAGCGACGACUGCUCCGGCGAGAAGGCAAUGGCGUCGUCCAGAGGGAAGAUGGUCAUGUCUUUGUGUCUUCGCAUCGCGGACCUGGGUCUGUUCGCGGUUUGGAAACGGAUCAUAGCAGGAAGCGAAAGCCAAGACUAAACGAACCGCUAAUAUCUUCGCCCGAUGGACCAGAAAGAGGAGGAACUACUGCUGCGACAGUGUUCGAAAAAUCGUCUUAUUCCGAGGUGGAACCAGAUCGAACCUGCCGAUCACCGAGGCAGUUGCACCAACGCGAAGAAGCGUCCUCACGGUUGUCGCUUUCUGCUUGUACAGCUGUCUCGUCCACCACCUCUCUUCACCCCAAAGCGCGACCAGCACCGGAUGAAGUGCAAGAGGUGUUGCUGCUGGAUCACCAGCAUCGACAAGGGACAGCACAUGAAGUCCGUGGACCGCGGCGUCAAGCAGAGCACCAAUCUUCUCGGACAGGGAACAAGUACAACAGCAACUCUCCUCAACAACGACUGUCGCACGACCAGAAUCUUCAUCUACUUCCGCACAGGAGGAACACGACAGGCCAGCAAGAAGACCACCAGCAUUCGUAUCUUCUGAACCAGUUUUAUGUGGAGAAAGCGGUUGAAAAAAAGCUACAGGAGGAAAAAAUGAACACAAAGGUUCAUUUAUUGGAAGAGGAAAUUAAGACCCUGCGAAAUAGUAUGGCCCUCGCGUCGUGCUGUCCGGGGGCUGUGGUGCGGGAUAAUAUGGUGCAAAAGGAACAAGCCAGCAACCUGAUGCACUUGAACCACCAGCAUCAAGUUGCUAUGGAGAUGAAGCAACAAGCGCUAGUACCACGAAUGCAGUUGCUGCAUCAACAAGCGCUAUCUACUGCUUUGGCGGCAACCCAGUCCUCUGCUGGUGGCAGUUCUCCCCGUGGUGCGCAUUUUAUUCAGGGUCAUCAUCAUGAUGAUCCCGGGGUUCUUUUUCUUGAUCAGCGUUCAUCCUGUCCCUCGCACGACACGGACAUGAUGCUGAGAAUGGAGCGGCAGUCUCAAGGUCUACUUCCGUCGGGUGGUGGUCAUUAUGUUGUGUCAUACAGCGAGCAACAAGAAGCGCGCACGCAACCGCUGCUGCAGCGUCCGGGGCAUUUUUUGGAGGAUCAGCUUCAACAGCAGAGUGGUAAUUGUGUCACAGGAAUAAAUCAGGAUGACUUACUGAUGGGCAGCAGUUGUGCAGGCUUGCAACAAGAGCAGCAGCACGAGCUGCACUGUACGGCGUCGUCGAACUAUGCGUUUUACAACAACACCAGAGUGCCACUGCGAGAACCGCGAACCUCCUACUCGCAGACUUCGACUUCCACCUUGAAAACGGCCUCGGGGUAUAACGUUCUCGGAAAGAGCAGUAGUUAUGGCGGCGUCAACAAUCUCACCACCAUAGUAUAUCAAAAAAAAAAUUAUAUCGUUUCUACUUCAUCAUUCAUCUCUUGGCGCGCCACGUUUUCCCACGGUUCUCCAAAAUGGCCAGGAUUUGUUGUGCUCAAGCGAGCACUUUUUGAACUGAGAUUGACGACCUCGGGGGACGUCCUCCAAAAAGUGAGCACGUUAUCGAAAAAAACUAGGCUCGAAGCUCACUAGCAGCGGUGCUAAAUUUGGAAGGAUAGCAGAAAAAGCGCGCUUUUUGAGGCUUGCGCGUUGGUAAAGAGGAGGAAGAAUUAGCUAGCUCAAGGCAGCUAGCUCAAAGUCGCUACUAUUGCAUAUCUAUUUUAAAGUGGUAGCUCAAAAUAGGUGCUACAUAAAUACGAUAUGAAUUUUUUUUUGAUAUACUAUAGUGGUGAGAUUGUUGACGCCGCCAUAGUAGUACCGUUGUUUCCAACAACAAGCACAAAUCAAGUAGUGCCGCGGCUUUGGACGAGGACAUUAAUGGGAAUCAUACUGGUCAAACUCAAAGCCCCCCAGCGGGGACGCACGCGCACCGCCCUGACCAGUCAGCUGAGGGAAGAACUGCUGGCGAACUAAAUUCUCUGCGUGUGAUGUGUAGCCCCACGUCAUCUUCUCAGUUGGAACACCAAAGAGAAGAAGGAAGCGUCGACGCUGCCAUGCUGCUUCACUGGAGUAGCUCGGCCGCGUUGCAGCUUCCGACAAGUGCUUCACAUGGGGACGAAAGACCGGCGACGAAGAUGCUGCCGAGCCACCCACAUGACGAAAAACGUGUUGCCGGCCGCAGUGUUGGAAAAUCAUCAAGUGAUGAUAGCAAAAAUCCGAUCGAGAUGCAGUCGAGGACGCGCAAUGCCUGCACUUUUGGAAAAAUUGCGUCAUCUCCGAGUAUGGAAAGCUGCAACAGUGGUGCUUUAUUUCAGGAAGAAGAGGAGGCGGACGUGAUGAAAACGAUCGCGGUCUCGUCCUCUAGCUGCACGGACGAGCAGUUCAUCUCGCAAGUGCCCCAAAAUGAUACAAGCACUUCUCAAAUGGACGUGACCUCCGAUGCGAACGAGUCUACCCAGAUGCUGGACCACUCUUCUAUGCUGAUGCCCCAAAUUCCCGCCGUAGGAGAGUUGCAGCCGAGUAUGUCUGAGCUGCACGAAUUGGAGGUGCAGCAGCACCCGGGGGCUGCUCGUGCGGUCGUGUUUUACGAAGAUGAAGUUUAUUCCUCGUCCGAUUCCAAAAGUACCGGUAUCUUCUUUUCGUCAGCGGGUAGUUGUGAUAUCAACGACUGCAGCGAGCAGGACUCUCAACAGACUCCUGGGCUGAUAAAGCAGCAUCAGAACCACGGUGGGGUUCCUCAUUCCACAUCCUUUCCAAGGAACAGUGUCGGCGCGACAAAAUUACCGCCUUCUUCCACACUUUGCGCCGGAAAAAUGUUGAACCUUCCACCAAACUCCUUCAUCACACCGCGCCUUGUGGACAAAAGGCACGAAACUUCUCCGUUUGUGGAAACAACUGCUCGCUGUACGACCACAACAUCAUCGUCUACUUCCCUCACUAAGAAUAACGAAACCGAAAGUAGAACCGGAACAGCUGCAAUAACUGCGGAAGCCGCAAAUCAGCAGCACGUGGCUUUAAUCGAAAAGCUUUUGCCGAAGAUUAUCCAGUCCCUGAACCAGUCGGGCCAGGUGGUGAUUACGUCCACUCCAAGUCCAAAAGCUGCGGGUAGUAGCUCUAGUGAUGAUCCAGUUGUUGAUUUUGACAUUUCAGGGGCGAGUUGCCGCUAUUCUGUCGUAGGUGAGCAAGAGGGGGCAGCUCCAGCUUCAUUGAUGCACUGCGACGGAAAUAAAUCAUACUUGAGACCGCUUACCAGUUCUGCGAUUUUCACCGGGACCACUGCUGCGACUGAUUCGAAAGACAAAGCGGCGGCAGUCGGUGAGACCACUACCCUGCUGGAUGCGUCAACAAGAAGCAGUGUCUUACUAAGGCAUCGCGAAAAUAAAAGCGAGAAUGAGUUUUAUCCAAAACCGACUCCGCGGGUGCUGUUUUUUCCGGAACACCAUCAACAGCAGGCUCAACUACAGCAGCACGAUGGAGCAGUAGAGAACACACCAGGUUGUUUGCCGCGUAAGACUUCGUGCAUAUCAGACAACUUUCAACCGCCUUCGCUCGAUGAAGCACACCUCCAGCAGCUCGUAACAGAGCAGGUAAAAAAGAUGCUGCUGGCCGGAGAGGUGCUGGACCUGCGCAUGGAAAAUUUAGAUGAUUGUGGAUCGCAACGCGGCUCUUGCAGUUCGCCACAGGGAAAAAUCCAUGACGCAAUAAUCGAUGAAAAAAGCUCCUUCAGGGUCAGCGUUGCAGAAGAAGCAGAAGACGAGGCCGGAGAGCUGCAGAGGGCGCGGGCGAUGAUGGAGAGUCAUGGCCGUGAAGAAAAAAACCCUCUAUCACUUGGUGAAGGAAAAAAUCUAAAUCUUGAUCGGACUUCUACAGAGGAAAGCGAACUGCAUCACGACUUUGCUCUUUCCCCGACGAUUAAGACGAGCGUGGAGGUGGAAGCAGUGAAGUUCAACAAGCAACAAGACCACCAGCUGCUAGCACAAGAUGACGCUGUGUGGAGGUCACCAUCCACACCUAGUAAAACUACCCUGGAGCAGCUGCACCAGAUGGACGUUUUUACUGCGCACGAGCACGACGAGGUAGCUGCGACAGCAGGAGUUACAACCCCAGCGAAUCUUGCCGAGAUGUUGGAAAGCACCAGCUGUGGAGGACAAGGAUUUAUUUCCCCGAUAGAAGUAGGACCGCGAUCAUCAGGCUGGAGAACAACCGGCACAAGAAGCUGCUUUUCCAUGAGCCGCUUCUGCCUUUUUCUGUUUCUUCUCGGCCUGAGUAUGAUUUUUUACGCCUUGUGGUCGCGACAGCAGCUUUUGGCCGAGUUUGGACCGGAAGGUGGACCACGAGGACCCCCGCGGGGACAGAGGACGGACUGGCACCAGCUGCGAAGGAACAACGUGAAACACGUCGACAAGAAUCCUCACAACGAGACAGACAGAGCCCGGGCUACUCGUCCCAUGCCGAUCGACAUUCUUGCCCGCUACGACCUUUUGUGAACGUGAACAAGAGUUGUGUAAAGGCAGUAGCCGAGUCGAGGCCCCGAUUUUGGAUCCACUCCAACUGAACGGCUCCGCCGGAAAGGCAACCAACUGUAAGUACUGUUUCGUAUCUUCUGUAUAUGUAUGCCAUUUUUGAAAUAUCGUAGCAGAGGGCGCCAAGAAGUUCUUCACACCUCAU